CUCUCUUUUUUUUUUCUCCCUUUUCUUGGGAAACGGCUCUCCCUUUUUUCCUUUUUCCCUUCUGAAAAAGAAAAUUGAUUAAAAAAAAAAAAACAUAUACAAUCAAAUCAAUCAUAUCAUAGCAUUCACAACAAACUUAAAAAGUUUUCGAAAAGAGUUUCUUUAUUUCCAAACACCAAAUCCAUGGCGGAAGCAGGUCGUCCACUUCCAAAGUUUGGUGAGUGGGAUGUCAAUGACCCAGCUUCAGCUGAGGGGUUCACAGUCAUCUUUAACAAAGCUAGAAACGAGAAAAGGUCUGGUGGCAAGGCAGACUCGCCACCAAAGAGUAACUACAAGCAUACAGCAACUCUUGGGAAGCCUCAAUCCAAGAAAUGGCUCUGCUGUAUGCGGUCCAGUGCUGCCGAUUGAUGAACUCUGUUCGCUCUUUGCUCUUAGACACUGCAAUGGAAAGUAUAACUUUUUUGAAACCAUAUGUUAUAGAAGUGUUCCAGAAGACUGGAGCUGUAGUCAAAGCUGUGAUGGGUCCUGGUGGAAUAAAACUGCUUCACUUCUAAAAUAAUUGAAAUUACAGCUUUUUGCUACCAGAACAUAUUGCGUUAUCUGUGCUUAAUACUUUCUAAUGUCUCGAGUUUAUUAUUGCUACUAUUAGUCGCUAUCUUCCCAUUUUCUAGCCAAGGCUAGGGAGGGUAGUUAUUGUUGUUCGUCAUUUUUACUUGUUACGUGUUGAUAUUUCUUGAUUGACAUUUUCUUUCAAUGGACGCGGAUAUCUGAAGCAAUACAGACGUCCAAGAUGUAUGCAUUCUCAAUGAAAUCAAUGUAGAAUUCAAAAUUGAAAAACUGUAUGCUUUGAGUCGAGA